UUUGAAAUAAGACCAGCUUACUAAACACAUCUUAUUUUCUUCUUUAUUUAUUUUAAUUUUAUUAUACAUAUAUUUUCGCUGUUACUGAAUCUUAUCCUUAUGAUUCUCGUUCUUCGCAACGUAUCUAAAAUUUAUUUAAAUUUUAAUAUAAAAGGCGUAAAAAUUGAAGCGAAAAAAAUAAAUAAAUAUAUUAAGUAAAAAGUAAAUAAAGUUAAAAGCAACUGAAAACAGAGUAACCGGGGAAGACAGAUAAAAAAUAAAAGUGCUUCAUCUUACACGUACAACAUAAAUACUUAUUAUUUGCCACAUAAAACAGAAAACAAAAACACAAAAAAGAAUAAAGAAGAGAAAUGUUUUAUGUUCUAAAAUAUAUAUACUGCUUACUGGCCGAAGUCUAUGCAAAGAAUGCAGAUCCACGAGUUCAGCACUUGCCUCUGGUAUAUUCGCCUAUGCCAGUAAUUGUAAUUUUAUCAUUAUAUUUGGCAUUUGUACUGCACUACGGCCCUAAAUGGAUGGAAAAACGUCAAGCCUUUCAGCUGAAAUUAAUAAUGCGUAUCUAUAACGCUAUCCAAGUUUUAGCCAACUUUACUUUGUUCAUCUAUGCCAUUCCGAAUUCAUAUGGUCAUAAAAAAUUUAGCUUUACAUGUCAACCCGUUGAUCCCACAAAUACUGAACCAUGGAUGAUUCGUUUGCUGUACAUAACAUAUGGAUAUUACCUAACGAAAUAUUUGGAUCUCUUUGAUACGAUAUUUAUAGUGCUGCGUAAGAAAAAUCAACAAAUAUCUUUUCUACACAUCUAUCAUCAUACCGGAAUGGUGUUUGGUUGUCAUAUAUAUAUGACAUUUAUGCCAGGAAGUCAUGCAACGAUGCUGGGACUUAUUAAUCUUUUCGUACAUACUGUCAUGUAUUCGUAUUAUUUCGUCACAUCGCUGAAACCGAUUAAGGAGACGCUGUGGUGGAAACGCCACAUAACACAAUUACAAUUAGCUCAGUUUGGUUAUUUGUUCAUUCACUUUUUAAUAGUACUUGUUCGUAAUACUUGUGGUCAUCCCAAUGCAGUGGCUCUUAUUGGUUUUAUGCAAAAUACGUUUAUGUUUGCAUUAUUUUUCGAAUUUUACUACAAAGCCUACAUGAAGAAACCCAAGGCAACCGCUGUAAACAAUACUGUGACCAGUGACAGCGCAAAGCAAUUAAGCAGAGAAGAAAAAUUAAAAUCGAGUUAGUAAUUGGUUAAUACCAAUGCUUUGUAACAAAUAAAACUUUCCAAAAAAAGAGAAAAACAAUAAAUGCAUUAAAAAUAUUUUGUUUAAAA